AUGACCCUUCAGGAUCUGAUGUUGCCGAGGGAUGGGAUUUAUGUCGAUAACCUCAGAAUGCAAGGACGGUCCCUGGCUUGGGAGAACCACACCAUGGCUGACCGAUAUAUCGGCUACACUUCAGUGGAGGCGGGCACCGCGGCUCUUAAAGCGUCCGAUUUUAAAAAUGAAAAAUACGUUUCAUUAAACAAUUUAAGCAAAAUAUUUCAACCCAUAUGCAUCGAAACGUUCGGACCAACAGAUAAGGACACAUCAUUAUUCAUUAAAGAAUUAACAAGAAAAAUAGUUAAUAUAACGGGUGAUCCUAACGAAGACAAUUAUUUAAAACAAACUCUUCCACUUUAUUACAAAAAUUUAAUUCCUUUUGCAUUCUGGAUGGAGCUGCUAGAUACCUGA